AAGUUGAACAAACCUUGGAAAAGCUCAAGACGGAUUGUGCCACUGAAUUGUCGGCUCCUUUGGAUUUAAGCGCUGAUCCCAGAACGCUUGAUGUCAAUUCGUUGAUGGCUUACGGUACAUUUCUCACUUAUUAUGCUGGUAUUCCAUUUCACGAAGCCGCUUGUCUCAAGAACGAUAAAGGAGAAUUUUGUUUUAUCGAAAUGUUCACUAAAUUGUUUGAAUUCGCCAAUAAAGAAAGUAAUGGGGAUACAAACAUUGCCAUAUCUCUUGAUGGGAAGACCUUAUUCCUACCUGAUGGAUCCACCAAAGAAAUUCCAAAGGAUUGGAAUUGCGGUGAAUGUUGGACUAAAAUUGCAAACAUUCACUUGACCUAUAUCGAAGCUCAUCCAAUGGAUGAGCAACUUGAAACCAAUAUCUUCGGCAGUCCUGGUCAAAUGAAAGAAGAACUUACAGCUACAUGCGAGGAUAGCAUCGAGGAAGAGGGAGUUGAUGUUAUUGAAAUGAGAAUUGAGAAGAGAGGUUCUGAAGGUUCAACCAGGAAAAAUGGUCGUAUGCUCCAACGCUCACUCUUGAGCGCAAUUUGGUAG